AUGGCUGAGAAUGGUGGUGGUGGUCGACAUAGUGAUUUACCAAAUUCUAAUAUGUUUCCAGGCACAUUCCCCGAGGGUUUGAGGGUGUUAUUGUUUGAUGAAGAUCCACAAUAUCUCCAUGUAUUGGAGCAACACUUACAAGACUUUCAAUACCAAGUGACUAGAUGCGAUGAAGAGGAAAGAGCUAUGUAUCUACUCUGCAACCACAGAAAUAUGUUUGACAUAGCUAUAAUGGAAGCAAACGAUUUAGAUGGGAAAGUAUUCCGAUUAAUCUCGGAAAUUGGAUCUGAAAUGGAUAUUCCGAUCAUAAUAACAUCCAAAGACGGUUCAAGAGAGUCUGUGACCAAAUGGAUGAUGAACGGUGCAUGUGACUAUCUCAUAAAACCAAUUAGACCAGAAGAUCUACGUUUGAUUUACAAAUACCUGGUAAAGAAGAUGGAACUAAUGAGUGUGACAGUUUCUGGAAAGGCAGAAGAGAAAGCAGCAGCUGAGAAGUCAUCCUCUGUGGGAGAUUCCAUAAGAAACCCUAACAAGAGAAAAGGAAACAUGUUACAAACCGACAAGGAGGAUCUAGAUCAUGCUCAUGGUUCAGCCACCAAGAAAAGGCGAGUUGUGUGGGACGAAUGUCUUAACGACAAGUUUUUGGAGGCAAUGAAAUACCUUGACACCCGUGAUAUUGUUCCCAAGAAAAUUUUAGAGAGGAUGAAUGUUAGUGGCCUCACUCGAGAAAACGUAGCUAGCCAUCUCCAGAAAUUCCGCUUGAGUCAGAAGAAGCCGGGUGAUGAAAACAAAAAAAGCAAGAGAAAUCGAUCCUUAAUAACCGCACAAGGAGGGAUGUCUAGUGGAGAAGGGAAUGUCCAGUUCCCGAUACAUCAAAUCAACAACAUUCCUCAACCAUCUUCUGUACAACCGCAGAACACAAACCUUAAUCUCAUGACGCAACGCAUAUCACCUCUUGGAAAUCAUCAUGAUAAUCUCAUGAGAACUCACCAACAUCACAUUCCUCAUCAAGUCCCAGAGUUCACAUGCAAUGGCCAGAUCAUAAACGAAAGAAUUGUUUUGAACGAGGGAGAGGAAGAUAUUAUCUUACCUAGCUGGCUCAUGCCAAACUCGGAACAGAUGGAUUUCAACUUAGAUCAGGAUCCAGUGAUAGAGACUGCAUUGCGUUUCAGCGAUAUUCAGAUAGCGCCCGAUCCACAACAGCUGAUGUACGUUCAAGAGCCGUCCAUGAUACAUAUACCUUCGUUUCCUUCAUCUCUCACAUAACGAAACUAUAACAAUGGUGGAUGUAAGUGGACUAAAUGUGUUAUCCCAUGAACAGCAACAGGCUAACCUAACAAAUGAGAAUAGGUUUCUUGAAGCUGAUCCAAGUUCGGGAUCUGCAAGAAGGGAUAAGAUGGGUCAAGAUCAGGGCGAAGCAUGAAAAUCGACUUA